AUGAUGUCAUUGCUCCUGAACGUCGUCACAGGAAGCGAAGAACGUCUAAAUGUGUGUGUGUGUGUGUGUACGAGGGAAGAGCUCCAGGGCGGAAAGCUCAGUGUUGGCGGCUCGGCGAUCGAUGCGCUACGAAAUGACGUGAGCGGUUUCGCUCCAGAUGAGGUCCUUAUGCACUACAGUAGGCGUAGAACUGACUCCACCUUUCAGUCGUAA